GGUAGUGACUGUUGCCAGGAGUUACAGCGCAGCGGAUGCGCGUGAAGCGCUAGGACCGCGGGGAAAUGACGAACUCACUCGGUUCAAAUUUGCAUUUGCCUAGUAGGAAACUGAAACCAGCGGAUGUUCUCUAUAGAUCACUUCUGACAGCAAAAUACGGAUCCGUGAGGGAACCUUCCUGCCAUUAUGGGGGCUUUUCAUUCAGUACCGGAAGACCAUCACUAUCGGAUUUUGUCUGAGAAGACAGGCUUUUCACUGGAGCAGAUAAAGAUUCUUCAUAAUCGCUUCAAGCAGUUAAGCAACAACGAUGAUGUGCUACGGAGAGAUGAUCUUAACACGCUUCCAGACCUAGCAAGCAACCCAAUUCGAUCCCAGAUUGUAGCAGCUUUCUUUGACAGAAGAAACUUCCAGAAAGGAGGUGAAGGAUCAGUUCAAGAAAUUAGCUUUGAGGAGUUCCUUACUGUCAUGUCUUACUUCAGAGCUCCAUCAGUGCACAUGACAGAGGAGCAGAGAGAAGAGAUAAGGAGGACCAAACUGCGCUUCCUGUUUAACAUGCAUGAUACUGACAAUGAUGGGACCAUAACACUGGAGGAAUACAAACAUGUGGUGGAAGAGCUGCUCUCUAAGAGUGGAUCACUCGGAAGGGAGACAGCCAAGGGCAUUGCAGAUGCUGCCAUGUUGGAGGUUGCUAGCAUUUCAGUGGGACGCAUGGGUCCAGAUGAAUUUUAUGAGGGGAUCACAUUUGAGCAUUUUGUGAAGAUUCUGAAAGGAAUAGAAAUUGAGACGAGGAUGCACAUCCGGUUCUUAAAUGUGGACACAACGAGUCUGUGCAAAUGAUGCCCACCUGAUAUACACCUAUCAGCAAUCGAUGCUUCACCUGAUAUUCCAAGGCACCAAUGAUAACUAUUAAGCUAAAGCUUAACAGAAAGGUAAAUGGGUUAUUUUUGCACUUAAAAGAUAGCAUUAAAUUGGCUAAGUACUGUUGUGGUGCUGUUUCAGCUGUUUUAGGUGUGGCAUAAAUAGACCUUGCAUGUUCACUCUAAGCACCACCUUGAAGAUCUGUGAUGAAUCGCUUGAAGAAUCAACUUACUUAGUUAUUUAUCUGUUACUUAUUAUUUUUUCAAUUCUAGAGACCUGAAUGUUAUUUAAUUGUCAUGUCUUAAAAGCAAAGAAUGUACUUUUUUUCAGGGGGCAUAUUAGAUAUAGAAUAGCAAUAAAUGUGGUAUAGAAUAGCAAUAAAUAACCUUUCUCACUGUGAAACACACACAUAAAAUACUGCGUAUAUAUAUAUAUAUAUAUAUAUAUAUAUAUAUAUAUAUAUAUAUAUAUAUAUAUAUAUAUGAAUUAAAUGAUGUCAGAUAAUGUCCGGUGUCAUUCUGAUGUAUGAAAUUAACAUUAUAGUCAGGGUUGUGAUGGAUACUGAGCCUAUCCCGGGAACAUAUGUCGUGCAAUUCAGGGAUACACCCUGGAACGGAUGCCAGUACAUUGCAGAGCAUCACACAAUUGCACAACCUAGUCACAGCUAGUUAGAGUGCUCCACCUACUGGCAUAGUUUUGAACAGUGGAAGGAAACAGGAGUGCAGACACUGGGAGAACAUGCAAAACUCCACACAGACAAUAAACUGAUCUCAGGACCAUAAGGCUGAGAGUCAGGAAUGCUACCCACUGUUCCACCAUGCUACCCAUUAAUUUGAGUUGAUUAAUUUGAGCAUCAUAAGCAGUACAUAUCCUCCAGAACACUGGACCACAGCCUGUAUAUAGAAGACUCUAUACAGCUCUAUGGUCGUUAGCCAAAUAUAGUUAGCUACAGUAUGGUACAGAGAACAAAACUAUAAUGACUGGUCAGUUUCAAUGUUUUUUAACCAGUCUGUAUGUAUUUUGUUAUCUAAUCUGUGUAUUUUGUUCUCCUGACUGUCAUAGUUCGACACAAACCCUGUAGUGUUAGCAUGCUAACUAAAACCCACACCAGAGGAUAAAAAGACACACAUCAGGUGAGCAGAGGGUUCAGAUCACUCGCUCUUGCCUGAUAUAACCAUGUUUAAAUGUAAAAAUAUGCAGAAACUCAACAGCACCUACUGUUAGUUACUCGGUUCAUGAGUUUUCUAGCUAAACAACUUCUCAACUGGGUAAGGCAAUGAGGAUAAAUCAGCUGAUUAUCAUUUAUCACUCACUAACCUCCCUCAACAUUACAGAACAAAUUAAUGCCUUACCUGUUUGACCAAAAAAUAAGCAUAAACUUCAUCAGUCCUGAAUCCUUUUUAUAUUAUCAUUCACUUUAAUGGCAAAAAAGAGUAUAUCCUAUCAAGUAAAAUGUAUUGAAUAUAGUCAUAUUUAUCUAGUAUUUCUUACAAUACAAGGUACAAGAUUACACCAACCAGAUAUAAGAUUAUAAAAACUUAUUUCUAGAAUUUUUCUUAAUAAUUUCAUUCUUGAAAUUUUCUUAUUUUAUUGGUGGAUCAUUUUGCUUCUUUCUAGAAAUAAAUGCCUAAAAUGAGCAAAAUCUUAAAUUAUCAGCCAAAAGAACAAGACUACUUCAAGCUUAAAAUUAGUAAAAAAAUGUCUAGAAAUAGGUUUAAUAAUCAUAUAUUCUGUAAAUUGUAAUCUUAUAAUAGAAAAUACUAGAUACAUUUGGCUAUAUUAAAGAUAUUUCCAUAUUUCAGAUGUUAUUGUGUACAGUGGCUUCACUGUAAUUAGAUUUCUAGUAGUUUUCUAGAGACACAUUUCUUUUGUGUCUAAAGUGUGGAUAUGAUGAUGUUUGAUGUGUCUGAGCAUUUGAUGUGUCUGAACAUAAUAACUGUAGCUCAUAGUGCUUCUGGUAGUGUAUGUCAGAAUUACAUGAGAGUGAGGUAAAUUUAACCAAGGUGAGAACUGUGUGGAUCUUGUGUGGUGUUCCCAGUCUGAAAGCUCCUGUACAAAACUUUUACAUAGCAAGCUUUAUGUCAGUAGAAACAACUCUGUAACAACAGAGUCAUGCCUAUUUUUCUGGCCCACAAUUUAAGUGAGUUUCAUUUUGCUAUGAUGAUUUUUAUGAAAGCCAAGAACAAUGCCAUGACACCGAAAUAUGUAGUUUCUCUGACUUUAGAGUGAGUUUGUGUAUUAGUGUGUGUGUUUGAGAGAGAAAGAAGACUUAAAAUGAGCAAAACAAUUUUUAACAAUUUUUAAAUUAAUUUUGGCAAGUUAUGCUACAUUAUCACCAUCAUGUGACAUACCAGAAGUACACUGAGAUACAAAGUCAGACCAGAAAGUGUCAUAACACAAGCUUAUGUCAACAAAAUCUCUGUCAUUUGACUCAGGUUUCUGGUCAGCUUGACAUCAAAAUUGAUAAUGCAGCUAACAACUGUUGGAGUAAGCCUUUAUGAAUGUUUAAUGUAUCUUUCUUUCAGUUAGAGCUUAUGUAGGUUUCACAUAGCCCUAUGAACACCACUCCACAAUCCUGAUGAGCUUGAGUGAAGGUUAUAUUUGCUGACCAGCAGAUGUCAGUACAGUUAUAUAGUACAGUUAUAUUUUUCUAUAAUUUUCACAACUUAGUAAUAAGUGGUUCUGACAAACUGUGUCAGAAAUAUCACUGUCAAUAUUCAGCCAUGUAUUGUACUUUCUGGACUAUAAGGCACAAUGUCUUCUAUCUGAUGUUGAUAUAAAAUACAACAAUUUUUUGUAUUUUAUGUCAGCAUCAAUCAUUGGCAUAGGUGUAAUGCUGGGAAGUUCCCACAGCUUUUAAUAUUCCCCAAUUUUGUCCCCACCACUUUUUAAAGUAUACAAAUUGAUUGUAAAAUAUCAGUUUCACCAUUUUCACAUUUUCUGUUAUUUACAUUAAACUGCAAUCAUGAUACGACGUGUGUGAUUAUACAAAAUCCAAUUUGAUUAUCCUGUGGACUGUAGAGUUUUAGAAAGCUGGUGUGGAUUAAGCUGGAUAAAAUUGAAACAUCAUCUUCUCCAUGGGAUUCACUUGAUACUGAGGAAUAAAAAAAAUGCUUGAGAAA